GCUGAACUCCAGGGACCUGGGGGAAUCCAGAGCAGGGGUUACUUCCUCUAUCGGCCACGAAAUGGAAGACGAUCCUUAGAAUAUGAGUAAAUUAAAGAGUCUCCACCACUGAAGCUUAGUGUACAGAGACAACAAAGACCCCGAGACCCGAUCUGCUACACCACACCUGAGUGAUCCAGACUUCAACCACAGCCCACCUCCACUGCUGUAUAGUGAUGUCUGAAUGUACACAAAGAAUAUGAUUAAAGUACUAUUAAUUUGUCCAGAUUUUAUUUUGUGUUAUAUGUUUGUCAUUUGCAUUUCAACUGCUAUAAUGUGGUGUGGUGUAGUUGUGUAAGUUUGACUUGCUAUGUAUUAUAAUUAAGACUCUUUCACAGCAUUUGAAAAAAAAGUGUAAAAUAUGUAAUGUAUGCAUGAAUGAAUGCAGAUACAUACAACAUCAAAUGUAUUUGAAAGAAAAAAAACUUACACAUAUUGUUUACAGUACAGCUUUAAAUUGUCACAAUUAAGAUAAAAUAAGAACAGCACCUUUUGAA